AUGCAACUUUUGGAUUCUCGAGCGCGCUCGGAUCGCUAUCACCACCUGGACUCCGAGGACGACACAAACGACGAGGAGCCACUCGAGAUGAGGCAGUUCUCCUCCUGCUCGCCCCGCUUCAAGGUUUACAGCAGCAUGGAGCGUCUGUCCCACCACGACGAUCGGCGCAUCCCCACCACGCCCGCGACGCCUACGCCCACCCCGACGCCCAAGCGCAGCGCCAGCGAGGACAAGGAUGAGCGCGGCAGCCUCGUCACGCUGCGCGCGCACGACAAGGGCUGGAUGCUCGGUUCGCCAGAAAUCCUUCGCAAGCGUCUGUCGGGCUCGGAGUCGUCGCACACGGAGAGCGACGGGAGCCCGCCCGUGACGGUGCGGCGCCGGCGCUCGGCGCUGCUCGACAUGCCGCGCUUCGCCAUCGCGCUCGAAGACCAGGAGGGCGAGGCGGCCUGCACGGCGGCCGCAGCGGCAGUCGCGAUAAUGGGCGGAGGAGGUGCGACGUCGUCGCACGCGCCCGUCGCACGGAGCGGCAGCAAGUCCGGCGCCACGCAGGCGCUGCUCACCAUCGGAGAGCUGGCGCUGACGGAGGAGGCUGGCGGGCACGCCCACACACCCCGACGUGGGGGGAGACGUGCAAACUCCAUAUAUACAGUCAGAGCGGCACCGGACGUCUUGGAGGGCCCCGCCCGUUCCCGUGGUGACAGCGCCGACUGCUCGCUGCUGGACGGCGCCGCGUCUGCGGCCGCGUCGUCGACGUCGGCCAAGGCGACGAGCGACCUGGCGGUGCGGCGCGCGCGCCACCGGCUCAUGUCGGGGGAGGCCGGGGCGACGCCGGCCGUCGGGGGACCGGCCCCCGAGCGGCGCAAGGCCAAGCCGCACAAGGUCAUCAAGUCGGCGUCGCACAGCGCGCUCUCGCUCGUCAUUCCCUCCGAGCAGUACGUGGGCUCCCCACUGGCAAGCCCCAUGUCCCCGCGCUCGCUGUCGUCGAAUCCAUCGUCGCGAGACUCGUCCCCAUCGCGGGACUUCUCCCCGGCGCUGGGGGCGCUGCGCUCGCCCGUCGUGAUCCACCGCGCCGGCAAGAAGUACGGCUUCACGCUGCGCGCCAUCCGCGUCUACAUGGGCGACUCGGACGUCUACUCUGUGCACCACGUCGUGUGGAACGUGGAAGAGGGCAGCCCAGCCAACGAGGCCGGACUGCGCGCGGGUGACCUCAUCACGCACGUCAACGGGGAGCCCGUGCACGGCCUGGUGCACACAGAGGUGGUGGAACUCAUCCUGAAGAGCGGCUACAAGGUGUCCAUCGCGACGACGCCGUUUGAGAACACGUCCAUUAAGGUGGGGCCUGCACGGCGCGGCAGCUACAAGUCCAGGAUGGCUCGGCGCAGCAAGAAGAGCAAGAAGAAGGAGGGAACCGACAAUCGCAAGCGCACGCCGCUGUUUCGCAAGGUGACACGCCAGGUGACGUUGCUGCAGACGAGCCGCAGCCUGUCGUCCCUCAACCGCUCGCUGUCGUCCAGCGAGAGCGUGCCGGGUUCGCCCACGCACAGCCUGUCUCCACGCUCGCCUCCGCAGUGCUACCGCUCCACCCCAGACUCGGCACACUCCGGAGGUACGUCGUCUCCGAGCAGCUCCCCGUGUUCCAGCACCCCUAACUCCCCCGCGGGCUCGGGACACAUCCGACCCAGCACCCUGCAGGGGCUGGCGCCCAAAGUGCAGCGCACGUACCGCUCGCCGCGCCGCAAGUCAGCCAGCAGCAUCCCCCUGUCGCCGCUGGCGCGGACACCGUCCCCCGGGCGACCUUGCUCCAGCGCCACGGGGACGGCGGCCGGAACCGGAGCGUCCGGGUCCCCUCCGCCCUCGCGCUCCGAGUCGCCCACACCCACGCCGUCGCCCGCGCUCUGCCAUCCCGGGCUCGCGGCCGGCGCCGGCGUGGGCAAGAUGCACUCGUCGCCGCCCACCGUCAUACGGCAGGUAUUUGUGAAUGCCUCCCAGUCCACGCGUCCCAAGAGCGCCGAGCCCCCGCGAUCCCCACUGCUGAAGCGCGUGCAGUCGGCUGAGCGUCUCGCCUCCGUCUACAAUUCCGACAAGAAGCAACAGCAGCAGCAGCAGUUACAGCAGCUGCAGCAGCAGCAGCAACAGCAACAGCAAGGGCAGGCACAGCACACGCCGCUUUGUCGCAAGCCCGACCCGUGCGACCUGCGCAAGGAGGACGCGUCGCGGCCCGAGCGCGGCUGCCUGCGCAAGCUGUCCCGCCAGGAGCACGACGACGGGGAGGAGCGCGAGCGUCACCACCGCGAAGGCUGCCUGUCAGCCAGGGCCGACAAGAGCAAGCUGCCCAAGCAGGAGAUCGAGGCCAUCGAGGAGGGCAGCGACUCGGAGACGGAGGGCGAGAGCACGGGCGACUCGGACAAAACUGCGGAUGGCUGCGAUGCCGCCGGACAUGGCUGUGGCGAGCCGGGGCGCUGCGUCCCGGGGGGCGCCGCCAAGGGGGCAGUCCAAGAGGCUGGAACGGCGAUGACGCCGGUUAAAGACUCCGCACAGCUGGCGAUGCCAAAGCGCUCCUCGCCUGUGUCCGAGGGGAAGGCCGCGGGCGCGAUGGAGAGCUGCGAUCGCGUGGGGCUCUGCCAGGACAAGGAGCCAGACGUUGAUCUCAGGCCAGACCUGAGGACACAUACGGACAAACGCAUAACGCAGCAAGAGACCGUGCCAAAGAUUGAGUUGUCUAACGAUAUCGAUCAAGCGAGUGUCGACAGCGCUACGUCAAGCCAAACUGUGAUAAAAAAUCUCGAACAAGGCAAUUCCGUGGUUCUUCCCGUGGAAGCUACAGGAGCAGCAGCAGCAGUAGUGAUGGGGGCAACAGCAGAUAAGUUGGUCCAGCAGAAGCUGCCAGACACCUUUCCCUCUGGAGCAAAAUCCGAAGUGGGUUCAAAACCAGAGCAGGUGCCGCGGAUGGACCAGGGUGUCCAAACAGACUCGGCGCUCACCAACUAUCGCCCUGGAAUCCUGCGGUCAGCUGAGCGGAGGAGCAGCUCCCUGGUUGAGGGAAUGGUCAAAUCAUCACCAGCACCUGUAGCUGGGUUAGGAACGGCAGCCACAGCGAGGGAGGCAUCGACGUCGAUGAGCAAGGAGCCAGCGGUGUCAGCAGGCAAGCCAGGGCCCUCGAAGCGGCAGGCAGAAGCAUCCAUCAGUGCGGGCAGCAGCGUGGCCCCCACGUCGUUGGGAAAGGCAGAGGAUGCCAUGGCGUCGAAGGUCAUUUUGGACCUGCAGGGGAUCCUGCUGGACCCGCCGAAAGCCAUGUUGGGCCAGUGUUUCACACGCUCGGCAUCCGUCUCGACGCUCAACAAGAGGGACUCUCAGCAAGCCAAGGGCGAGUUCCACGCGGAGGCGAGGGCGACCGCUGGGCUGGCCGGGCACCCGCUAGUCUGUUCGAGCGACGCCAUAUCCGCACUCGAAAGGAUUUUGCUGUCGUCGUCAAAGGUCGGCCCCGGGGGGAGACCGGCGCCUGACAGGGAGCUUGGCACAGAGCCCGGAGAUAGCGCAACAGCCAAGGCGGUCGCUCGCACGGCACCCGGAGUGGGCGAACGAAACCCAGCGCUGAGGCCACUCGUGUCUUCUUUGCCGAGCUGGGAGGCGAAGGCAGUGGUGGCAGUGUCGGAGAGGGAGCGGCGGGUGCUGCGCCCCGGCUCCCCAGCGCCGGAGCGGAAGCGUCCGUUUUCCUGGGCGCCGACAACAUUCCCAGCAGAUGCAGAGGCCGCAGCCUUCGUGCCACCAUUGCCACCGCAGCUUCCACCACAGCCUCCACCGCAGCCUCCAUUGCAGCAUCCACCACCACCAACACUGAGGGUGGAGGAAAGGAUGAGUAGUGAUCCCCAGCCCAAGGAGAUGGACGGAAAGUCUAAAGCACCGGGAAGCAGCAAGAAAUUAGUGUAGACAAAGAAGCAAAUCAAGGGAUAUUAGCAUGUUUACUACGCCGUGCUGCGGUUUGACUUUUAUUGUUUCCCCUGAAAUUAGUUUCCCACAAACCCCGCCUGCCUCAGCACUGUCAUUGUGGCUCUUGCUGACCAUCCCUUCAUCCUGAGUCCCGCUCGUUUAUGGAUUCCUUGUCGAAAAAAAACACAUUCAUCCCCGCUCUCCCCUGUGCUAACUGCCCCUGACCACAACCCAAUUCUCUCAAGGCAAAACCUCACCCCUGUUGGACCAUGAUCCCAUUAACCUCUGACCCCUAAACCCACGUCCCUGGUAGCUUGUUCCCUGUGAUAUUCGCUUGAAGCAGGUGUUGCAAACUCGUAGUUUUUUUUUUAUUAGUGUUGAAUUGCUAGGCCAGUUGGGUAAUCGGUGUCACCCACAUAUUUAAUUAAUUAAUUUGGAGAUUUGGAUGAGUGUGACACACAUACAAGCACCAUUGCAUUGAAAUGCAGAGGGGAGAAAAAAUUGGAACCCUCAGUACACCGCUUGCUCCACUGGUUGCGGUGACUUGACAUCGGUAGUGCACGUAUAUCGGGAGGGUUGUAGCGGUUGAACGGACGAGUCUGUUGGUCCAUCUUGUAGUUAGCAGUUUGUCUCGAGUUAUCUGCUUCUGCCUGUGGUGGUGUCGGUGCUGUUGGCUGUGCCGUUGUACAUAAAACAUGUUAGUCCGCUUUGCAGUGUGGCUGCACGUAUUGCUCACAUUGCUUGUCUCUUUAGGUUGAGUGUUAUUCUUUUUACACUGAAAUACUUGAAAGCUGUAUGUAUGUGUAUGUAAAUAGUAUACAGUAUUUAUGCAUUACUUGGCAUUUGGCAGUGUUGAGCUUUGUAAGUGAAGCCAACGAAUUAUAGAAUAGGUAGUGCUCCUUUUGGCCCCAGCAGCUGUGUGCUUGGCUCUGCAGUGGAAUCGUAGGUUCUGAGAAUGGUGUCACGUUCAGAAAUAUUGUCUUAGUUUUCUUUGCGGUGCAUACGCAAGUCAAACGGCUCCAGUCAGAACAUUUUCCGGCUCGUUUAAGUAAGUUUCACCACACCUCGGACACUGCAUACUGUCUGGCUUUGCGACUGGAAGAAUGUUUAAAAAAAAAAACGUUCCUCCUGCAGACUGUGUGGGGACCAAACACAAAUGGAUCCCAAUUUGACCAAUUUGGUUGAGGCCUGGAUAAAUAUUUAGGAAUAUAAAGGAAUCCGAUCAUGGGAAUACAGGUAACACAUUUUAAGUCUGCUCCAUUGCUUGCAGACGAAUAUUGGUUUCCGUAUAGUUGGUUUCUAAAAAGAAAAAAACUGCUUCUUGGAUAACAAGAAAGCCAGAGGUAAAAAAAAAUCCAGCUGUAAAUGCAAACUUUGUCUCACAGUAUUCUGAGAUCUCACUCCUUUCAUUAUCAUCCCGGUGAACAUGCAUACUCCAGGCAUGUGUGGUGUUUCAAUAUAUAUUGUGAGUGUACCAUUCUUUUCAUUUAGCUGUUGGAAGUUUCGUGAACUCGCCAUCACUCGGUUUACGGUUACUGUUGGCUAUGGGAUUGCUGGCAUCCGGUGAAUCAGAUGUGGGUAUGUCACCACUGGUCUGGCCAUAAUGACAGUGGAGAUCCCAAAGAGUAUGGAAGAAUCUUUAUCAUACAAUAAAGGCCUGGCCUGGAGAAUAAAUGGACAAUUGGAAUAUAUUAUAAUUCGUAUUCAAUGUAAUUUGGUGAAACAUUCACAUGGGCCGGUUUUUUAUCACACACAUUUUGCACACGGUCUCAGAACACGAGGACACAAAUGGUCUGUUUGCAGUGGAGAGUUUUUUUUUUCUCCCAUUCCUGAACAGAGCAGGAAGGAAAGAUCUGCGAGAUGCAAGAGAAUCGCAGCAGAAUGGCACUGUAUGGCUGAAAGCACAGUGUGGUGCAACAUAUCAGUGUGAAAAACGAAAAAACUGAAUAAAAUACAUUUUACCGUGAUCUGGCCAGGAAUUUGGUGAAUUUCAAUUAAGCCACCUGCUGCUUUAAAAUUAAGCCCAGAUUGCAAAUGUAAUUUAUCGAUGACAUAUUGUGACAUGGAAACUAGGUUGUGCCGCUUGGGAUUCUGCUUUACACUGCGAAUGAAGAAAGUGCGCAUUCCAGUGUCGUGAGAUGCGUGGCCACGUUCAAUAAUAUUUUAUGGUUUUUAUUUACUUCGCAAUCAGUAAAUGCUUUCCAUUUUGUGUUAUUAUUAUUUUUAUCAAAGAAAAAAAAAGCAUCAUAUCUCCACGGUUUACUUGGUGUGACUGGUUACAAAAGUUAAUUACAUUAAAUGGCAAUAUAAUUGAGCAGAAUACGCCAGCUUUCAGAUUCCUUUUCUGCUGGUGUCUGCCAGGGAUCGCGGUGCGCUGCACCCUUUGAAGGGCAACUGCCGUUCGUAUGAACUUGCCUUGAAAGUCUGUAAGGUCUGUUGUGUACCUCUGUGUAUUUGUGCGAGUCGGAGCAUGUAUGCGUGUUGAGCCCAUUUACACACUACAAGUGCAUGCAAAAGAAAUACAUGUUUCCUUACAUGAGGCUAUGACUGUGGCAGAGGAAUCGAUUUAAAUUUUCAUGUGCUCUGCAUGUUAUGGCUUUCCGAUAGUUUGGGGAAAGCGAACUCAUGUGGAUAAGCAUAGAUAAUGAUAAACUACAUGAUAGUCCAUCUCAUUAACUGGGAAAAUACACACAGAUUGGGCUCACUUUUGAGAAUUAGAUGCUGCAAAAGGCGUAAUGAUCAAAUGUUAUCCUGGAUUCUUGUAAAGCCACUUACAAGCCAUGCAUUUACAUAUUACACUGCAGUGAAGUCGGGUAACAAUGAGAAAAUUAACAGUGAUGAUGUCAUUGUGUUACACAGGUGUCAGUGCAGCAUUUUGACUUAGAUUGCCCAUCUGCCAACAGCAAAUAAAUGUUCUGAUAUUAUUUGGACGUCAUUUGCCAAAUUCACAAACCAAAAAGUUAUUUAGAUUAUAAAGCCUCAAUUUUAAAGCCCCACUGUGUUUUUGCUGGUUCAUGUUUAUAACGUCUGUAUAAAGCAACUUUGACAAUU